AUGUGCCUAAGAGCUGCUCUUAUAAAACAGAAGGGAGCAACACAAGAAGCAGAAAGAAAGAGCAUGAAUCAGAAUGUUGCAUUUGUUACUGCCAGCCAUGAUAUCCGUGCUUCAUUAGCAGGCAUUGCUGGAUUGUUAGAGAUGUCCAUCAACGAGGUCGAUCAACGAUCAGAAUUAGCUAAAAACUUGAAACUUGUGCAGAUAUGUUCAGGAGAUCUUUAUGGUAUACUCAACUCUAUUCUUGAUACAAGUAAAAUAGAAGCUGGGAAGAUGGAGCUAGAAGAAAAAGAGUUCGACUUGACAAAAGUAGUUGAGGGUGUGGUUGAGUUGUUCUAUCCUGUUGGUCUGAAAAAAGGAGUGGAUGUGAUUUUGGAUGCUUCGUUGACCAAAUAUUCUCAUCAUGUCAAAGGGGAUGAAGGCAGGCUUAAACAGAUAUUGUCCAACUUACUCAGCAAUGCUAUCAAAUUUACCUCAGAGGGUAAUGUGUCUGUCCGUGCUUGGGCCAGGAAGCGUGGAUUACAGUAUACACAUGAUGAAGAAUCUACAGGAGGAUGCUGCUGCUUACUUUUCAGAACCGAAGCGCGUAUAGAUGAAUUCCAUGAACACGAUCCUAAUUCCAUGGAAUUCGUAUUUGAAGUCGACGAUACUGGAAAAGGUAUUCCCAAAGAGAAACAAGCGUCUAUCUUUGAAAACUAUGUGCAGGUCAAAGAAACGAGUCCUGCAAUUGAAGGAACUGGCUUAGGCCUUGGAAUCGUCCAGUCUCUGGUACGAUUGAUGGGCGGAGAGAUAAGCAUAGUUGACAAGGUAGUGGGCGAAAAGGGCACAUGCUUCAGGUUCAAUGUUGUGUUCAAGGUUUGUGUAUCUGAUCUCAGUGAAGACGACAAGACUGUGAAAAGCUCUCCUCCUUCUUCUUCUUCUAUAGUUGUUCUCUUCAUUAGCAGUGAUGAAAGGCGAAAGAUGGCACAAAAAUUUAUAGCAGCGCAAGGAAUUAAAGUUUUAGCAGUGAAAAACAUAGGACAACUAUCAGAAAGUCUCCGGAAGAUUAGACGACAAGAAGAGGAGCAGAACAGAUCAUCGUCUGAUUUAAGUUUAAGUUUUGGGUAUCUCAACUGGCCCACACCCAUACCAACAUCAAAUGGAGUUGGAGUUCCUUUAAGCGCAUUGGAUGGGACUGAUGUGUCGCCGACCCCACAAAGGAAUAAAAAUAAUAAUCAAACAGCUGGUCGUCGUGUACCAAAUUUCAUAUUGCUUGUGAUCGAUACAACGCGGGUUGACUUCAAUGAGCUAUGCAAAGCAGUUGCUGAAUUCAGAAAAGACUCCAAGAAUGCCUGUUCUAGAAUCGUCUGGUUAGGUUCUAAGUGCAUUCAACUCCAAGGCCUCGACCAGAAGAAGCUUCCCCCCUCUGACAUCAUCAUACCCAUGCCGCUCCAUGGCUCACGUCUACACUCGUUGAUACAUCUUCUUCCAGAAUUUGGGGCACCACCACAUGCAAAUCAUCACCAAAUCACAAAACAAGAAGAAGAAACUGAAAAUAGCAGCAGCCCUUUGAGAGGGAAAAAAGUGUUGGUGGCAGAAGAUGAUUCUCUGCAGCAGAUGAUAGCCAAGAAGAUCCUUUUGAAGCUUGGCGUGAGUUUUGAGAUGUGCAGAAACGGGAAAGAAGCUUUCACCAUGGUCUCCAAAGGGCUAAGUCAUCAAACAAAUCUCGGAGCUUCACAUAUUCUGCCGUAUGAAUAUAUCUUUAUGGAUUGUCAGAUGCCGGAGAUGGAUGGUUGUGAAGCAACAAGACUGAUACGAGUUAAGGAGAAAGAAUAUGGUGUGCACAUCCCAAUCAUUGGAUUAACAGCACAUGCAGAGGGCCAAGAACUAAACAAGUUUAUUGAAGCGGGAAUUAACAUUAAUAUAUCCAAACCAAUAACCGAGCAGAAGAUAUUAAAAGCGAUUCAAGAACUCCACAGAAGAAAAUGAUUUAAAUUCGGUACUUAAUUGUUUGGGUUUAAGUUUUAACACGGAAAAGAAAGAAUACUUGACUUGACAGAAGAAAAUGAUCCUCUAUUGUGCAGCGAAAUAAAUGCAGCUUAGUUUUGGCAAUUCUCUUUGAAACCAGUUUGGAAAUAAACUCUCAAGAUUGUUUUGUUGGAAUUACUUGGUGAACCAAACAAAACUCGUCCUGCAACUGCAAGGUGUAUUAGAAGAAUCAAAAUGGGGAAAUCGGCUAGUCUGCAAAUUAAAGUAUGCACACAACCAUUUUCACUUAAUUCUUGAUUCGUGUAGCCUUGUAGGUAGGUAUUGGUAGUAGUUAUGAGACAAACACCGGUUAUUACAUAUGUCUAACCAUAUCUUGUAGAAAAAUAUUGGGAAUGAAAGGAUUUUGUUUUCAUUUCAUCCAGGCCCGUCCCAGAGGGUGGGCGAUAGGGGCGACCGUCCAGGGCCCAUCUUAUAAAGGGCCCAAAUUUUUUGUGGAAAUUAUUAUAUUUAGAAAAUAGUACAAAUAUUUUCUUUUAA